AUGGAGGAGCUCCAGACGCAGCCGGGCACCAGGCUCGAGGGCAAGCCCAGAAAGGUGAGAUUCAAGCUGGCCUCGUCAUACAGUGGCCGUGUUCUGAAGCAUGUGUACGAGGAUGGACAAGAGCUAGAGAGUCCAGAGGAGCAAUACCCGCACAGCUUCAUCCACAACAAAAUGGAGAGGGUACAGCUGUGUGGCUUAGAAGACAUGCAGGACCAGAGUUUAUACCCUCCGACAGGGCUAAUCGCCCAGAGAAUAAAUGUCUAUCGAGGAGUGAGGGCAUGCAGGGCCCUGGCCUGCGAAGAUCUACCAGAAGGGGAUAACAAAGCUCCGGUCUUAGAUUUUGGAAAGAUCAUUAUCUACACAAAUAAUCUGAAGAUUAUUCGGGCUCCACACAGAAGAGGGGAAUCUGGAAGGUGUCCUCACUGCAUCCGGGACAGGAAAGAGAGAUCACCAGGACAAAAGUCCCGGAGCAAAGGAAAACACAGAACAUCAUGUACACAUACAGAGGAACCAGAAGCAAGAACUGAACAAAAGCAGGAAGCAGGUUCCUGUGAACAGUGCGGAGGUUCUGGUUGUGCGCCCUGCUCACUGUGUCAUGGCAGCAAACUCUCCAUGUUAGCCAGCCGCUUCAAUGAAUCAAUCAGAGAGUUGCACUGUCCCGUGUGUAACCCCCAUGGCCUGGAGCGAUGCCAGUCCUGCACUCACUAA